AUGGGUCUUGCCAUGGCCUCAAAUCUCCAGAGCUAUCUCUCCGCUCAGAGUCAGCCGCCAUUGCGGUUCUGGAAUCGCACUCCCUGCAAAGGCGACGGGGUGACUAGUCUUGGUGGGAAACAAUGUGAUUCUAUCGCCGCCGUGGUCAGGGAUAGUGCGAUAAUCUUCAUCUCGACCAGUAACGACGACGCACUACAGACUAUCAUGGCAGAAAUCUUAUCAGCCGGGAAUUUGACCGACAAGAUCAUUGUGGAUACCACGACUGUUCAUCCAAAUACAAGCAAAGCUGUUUCCACGAAGCUGGCGGAGGAAAAUGCCUUUCUUAUCUCCGGACCUAUAUUUGGCUCCGCCCCAAUGGCUGCAGAGCGAAAGAUCCUGAUGGUCACUGCCGGUGCUCCCUGCAUGAUACACCGUAUCUCCCCUUACAUCAAAGGCGUGAUAGCGCGUGAUAUGCUUGAGGUGGCAGAGAAGCCAGAAAAGGCAUCUCUGUUGAAAAUCAUCGGGAACUUCCUCGUGUCGGGCCUGACAGAGAUUGUCGGUGAAGCUCAUAAAAGCGAGAUGGGCUGUGAGGUGGUAGAGAAGCUGUUGGAAGCCCAGUUUGGACCUCUGCCGACCAUGAUUUCUAAGAGAUUGACUCAAGGAAUCUAUAUGCCGCGCAAGGGCACAUCUCCGUGGUCGAAUUUAGAUUUGGCUCUGAAAGAUGUUGACCACGCCAUUGACUGUGCUGCUGCUGUGGGUAUCAGAUUGCCAGUCGGUGAAAUCGUCCUAGAGCACCUCCAGCGGGCCAAGCUAUUUUCCCAACAGGAAGAUCGGCACUUGGACUCGGCUGCUUCGUACGGCAUCAUUAGGUGUGAUGCGGGCCUAGAUUUUGAGAAUGAUUUCGUAAAGAAGAGGGACGCAUAG